UACACCUUGAAACACGUGGAGGCGUUAUCAGUCUUUCCCCGCAGAUCGCAGUGAGUUUCUAGGAUUUAGAUUUCAAACGGCAGUUCAGUUAUAAGGAAAGAGUCCAAUUUGACAGUCUUUGUGGACCUCUGAACAUUUACAGGAAAGAAUGGCAGGUUCAGAACCAAAAGACGCAGAAAACCGCACAAUGAAAAGUGACAGAUAUGAGUCCUUUGUUCCUUCUGUACAACUGACACAGGGGCUUGAUGUAAGGGAAAUUUGCUCAGAAACUGGAGCAUCUUUUGAAAUCUCAGAAGAACAGCUCAUGGACGAGGAAAAGGUCGACUGGCAAGAGAACUUUUUUGACGACGAGGAACUUGUCAAGAGCCUUAGACUUGGAGCUGGAAAUGGGAUUUUCGAAGAUGAGGAAUCAGCUUCAGAAGAGGAAGGAGAGCCAUUUCGAAAACUGGCUCGAAGAAUGGAAGACAUGACAGGCGAUGGUGGCGUGUUGAAGAUGACUGUGCAGCCAGGUAUCGGUGGAGACAUCCCAGACAAUGCGACAGUCAUAUUCCACUAUAGUGCAUUCCUCGAAUACCUUGAUGAACCCUUUGACUCCUCAUAUUUGCGCAAGAAACCUGAGAAGAACAAGAUUGACAGUGGAAACAUAAUUCCAGGGCUAAAUGUGGCUAUUAAGACAAUGAGGAAACGUGAGACAGCUCGGUUUCUCAUCAGGCCAGAAUAUGGAUAUGGAAAGUUAGGAUGCCCACCUAGGAUACCAGGUAAUGAGACACUGUUGUAUGAGGUGUACAUCGUUAAUGUCAUUGAUGAUGCUGCAGCUGAUGCUUACGAUGAACUUGAUGAAAAGAUGCAGACUAACAUGACUUUUGAGCAGAGGCUGGAAGCGGCUCGAGGAUUCCAUCGCAAGGGCAACAACCACUUUAAAGAAGGGUACUUGAAAGCAGCCAAGGACUGCUACCUCCGAGCUGCCUGGAUCAUGGAGGACGCAAGACUUAAGAACGAGGCAGAGGAACGACAGAGAACUUCCUUGUUGAUGAAGAUGCGGAGUAAUUUGGCACAGGUUUAUCUGGACUUGAAGGAGCCAGCAAGAGCCUGUACCCAAUGUAAAUUAGGGUUUGAAGUUGCAGCUGUAGGCCUUUGCUCAGAGGAUGUUAUGGCUAAGCUGUACUUUAGGUCAGGCAAAGCCAAGGUGAUGCUGAACAACUUUAAAGGUGCACAGAAGGACCUGUUGGCAGCUCAACGCAUUAAACCAAACAACCCAAGCAUCUCGGCAGAGCUAGAGGAACUGUACCUUAAACAGGAGAAGUCUGAGGCCCAGGAAAGGUUUAUGUGCCAACGUAUGUUUGCCCCACAAAACUGCAACAGUGAUAAGCAUGACGGGAUGAGAAAUGCCAAGCAGGAAGAGGAAAAGGAUGAAGAGACGAAAGGAAAAGAGAUAGAGAAGAAGAAGGAAAAGGACCUCAAUCAAAAUGUGGCUUUUACUGUCCGUCCUGAAUUCGAAGCACUUGUGGAGGAGAACAUUCGCAAUUUUGUCGACAAUCACAAAAUACGCGAGCUUCCCUUUCCCAGCAGUUUGUCACAGGAGGAAGUUGUGUGUGUGGCUACAAUUGCCAAAGCUGCUGGUUUGUCUGUCAUGUUUUCACAAAAUAGUACUGAUUGCAGUCUUAAGAUUGUGAAGAAGUUGUGAAAUCUUUAAGGAAUAGAGGGAUACUCCUCUGCUUCUAAAGGAAUAUAUAUUACAGAUAUAUAUGGAAUUGAGAAACUAGUAUUGGAAAAUUAUUGCUGAUGAUUAUCAACAGAUUUGUGUUUUGGAAGAAACUUAGUAGCAAUUGAUAUUUGUGUUUCAGAAUUCACUCUCCAAAUGCUUUUAUAACUAAAGAGUCCAGCAGCUUUAUAAGUUUUAUGGACUGUUUCUGUUAUAUUAACUUUUUCUGUACGUUUUUUUGACAGAAAAUGAGAAGUGUAAUUUUUAUUUUGUUAACAGAAGAUAUGGAAAAUCAUUGUUUAUAUAUAUUUUUUCAAAUAUAAAUUAAUGUUGUGUUUUAUUUUUUCUUAUUUAGAGUAGCACUGAAAUUUACAUGAUUUUCUUCUUUGGAAUUAUUUCUUAAUGUGCAUACAAUACUUAUUAUGUAUACUGAAUAUGCGCUCAUAUGGGAUGCAUAUUGAGCGCAUGUAUUUUUUAUUUGCUUUUUUGGGUGGAGGAAUUCUCUCAUCAUUUUCUGAUCACCUCAUCUGUUGCUCCAUAUGUGCAAGUAUCAUUUCCAUUUUUGUAAUUAUUGAUGGUAGUAGCUAGUCAGAUAUUAUAAUUUGGUAAAUAUGAACAAGACAGAUUUUGAUAAUGAAAACUAUGGAUAGAAAUAGUGUUUAUUAACUUUCUGCAUUAUUAGACAUCCUAGUCACACAUGUUAUUUAUAACAGUAAAUAUAGUCAUAGUCACACACCCACACAGCUAGGAAAUUUGGGAAUAACUCUAAAGCAAAAAUCAGGCAGGGAAUGUAAUAAAAACUAGUGUUCAUAUCUGUGAAGAAAAGGAUACCAUUAGUUUCAACCCAUUGACACCAAGAAUUGCAUGGACCAUUGUAGCUUGGUUUUGUGAAUAGUGUUUACAUGUAAGUGGCUCCUCAAGCUCUAAGACACUAAGUAGGCCUAACUGACAUCACCUAAUUGCCUCCUUCCUUGAAUUCUCUUUAAAAUUAUUUUUUCUAUUUUACUAUCAUCACUGUUGCUGAUAUUGAUUAACAAUGUGAGUUUUAUAAUUCCUUUAACAAUACUAACACUAAUAAUAAUCUAAUACAAUGGAAAAUCAAGGAAAAGAGUAAACAGGUGAGGUUAAGGUAGGCAGACUAAGCGACUUCACUCUAUUUGGAAUCAUUUGUAAUUACCUGAAUUCACAGUGGACUAAGCAUGUAAGCACAUACCCUCUCUGUGUCUAUGGGUUAGCAUUUUAUUUUCGUGUAGGUAGCCCUCUAUUUGCAAGUAAGAUAUGCAAUUUAUUUUGUAAUGGCUGUGAAUCAUGGUUGUUUAAUUGCAUAAUAGAUUAUAUGUAAUCCAGUAUAGUAUAUGCAGCUAUCUUUCAGUAAGCAUAAAGUAGAGAGUUGACCCUAUCAGGUGGACAAUAUUCUACCUGCUCAAGCUUUGGGUCUCUCUUCUCAAUAAGUAUGUAAUGUUAUGUUUAAUAGUAAAAGAUUUUAUAGAUUUAUUUUGUCUAAUAAAUUUUACUGUAAAUUUAAAAAGCAAGCGACAUUUAGUUAAUUGAGUUUGUGUGGGUAUGUCUAAACCUGAAAAUUACAUAUUUAAAGCAUUAUUGUUUGUAUAUUUCACUUUUUCUAUUUUCACAAUUUAUAAAUAA